AUGGCAUACGACCCCGAAUUUGUAGAAUUUGAAACUAACGGCAACGCUCGUAUUGCUUGGGACUGCCGUGCAAUCGAGUACGAGUUAACGCUCGACUCCCCCGAUUCUGCGCGCACGUCGCUAUGCCACUGCACGAACUGCAAAAAAGCAUUUGGUGGUGCCUUCGGUUUGACGGCAAAGGUUUCUAAGGAUGCGAUCCGGUACACGAAGGGCAAGACGCAAGAGCACGCGGCUGACAACGGAAGUGGGACGAUUCUGCAUCGCGAGUUCUGUGACAUCUGCGGGAGCUUCAUCCUUGAAUAUGGGGAACCGGAGAAGAACAUAUCGCGAUACGUCUGCGUGGCCUCCUUGGAUGAUCCAGAGGCGUUACCACCUAAAGGCGAGUUCUUCUGCAAAUCCAGGGUGAGCUGGAUGUCGGAAAUUCCAAAUGUGUUCCACAAAAAGGAGAUCAAUGUUUAA